UUUAUAUAAAUGCGCGCGUGUCUCCGCUGAUCCGCGCGAGGAUGACUGCAGAUCCGCGCUCGCGUGCGUGAGGAUGAUCACGGUCCCGAUGGGCUGCGGGGGAAGCAGAUCCGCCGCGAUCGAGCCCCGGUAUUACGAGAGCAGAGACACCGAGUCGACGUGGCUCAACAGCACCGACACAGCUGCCGGUAACGGAGCCGGAGCCGGAGCCGGCGACAAUGACAAUACAGCAGACGCAGCAGCAGGUCAAAAGGAAGAGAAGCCCAUGACCAGAAGCUCUUCUGCCAAAGAGAAGAAGCUGGUGAACACCGGCACACAGUGUGGCAGAAACACCAGCAGCACCCAGAGGAGACCAGCGCACAGAGACGAGGUUAAAAGUAAAUCAAAGCAAAUCCCCCAGACUGACGGGGUUAAAAGUGUCCGUCCAACUGUAAACACGGAGGUGAUGCCUUGAUGUGUGAGUUUGUGGAAGUGCUAAUGAGGGCCUUUCAUUCUAAUUAAAUGCGUAUGUUAAAUCAGAUGGCAGAUCUGAUCUAAUCUUCUGUUUGUCUGCAUGUAAACGUUGAGCGCUGGAGCGCAUGGCGAGCCUAAUAUGCUGCAACACGUCAUUUUGAACUGCUGCAUCUCUGCUUUUGAAGUGUUAUUUAUUUAGUGUUUAAUAUUUUGUUGGUAUUAUGUGUUUCCAUUAGUAUUGUGCUGGUUUGUGAUAUUCUAGUGCCUAAUGAGUCUGUGCGAUAAUGCAGAUAUACAGAUGUCUCAGGUUGUGAUUAUAUGAAAUUAAGACACAAUCAAACAUAACAUUGUCGUGUUCCUCUGAAUGAAACGGAAGCUGGUUUAGACAUUUAUGAUUUAAUGAAGUAGCCUGAUAUGCUUAAUUUUAAUCAGUUUGUUCAUGAUAUUAUUUAAAGUCUGGAAAGGAUUCUGUGAGCAAAAACAGCACAAGAACAUUUUGAUUUGAUAUUUUACUAUAAAACUAAGGAGCUGAUAAAAAAGCGUAAUAAAAAUUCUAAAACUGCUUCAGUUUUACACCUUUUAAAUGACAUUUAAAUUGCACCAAUGUGUUUAUUAAAUGUAAUGAUUUACCUACUUUUAAGUCCUGCAUGGAUCAUAUUUCACCCUAAAAUCAGCAGAAAUAAGCAAUAAAAAAAUGACAACAAUUUACUUUAAUACAGUAAAAAAAAAAUACUGUAUGACAUUUAAGAGAAUCUCAAUAAAAUAUUAGUAUUUUUUUAUGUUCUUUAUUUUUUGUAUUUAGAUUUUGGGGUGAAAUGUGCCUUGGACAUGUUUAAAUAUGAAGCAAAUAUUAUAGAGAAACUUCACUCUAUAUUGAAUGACUUUCUAUGAAUGAGUAAAAUUCGCACUUCAACAAUUAUUAUUGUAUUGUUUUAUUCUAUUGAUCAUCACUGGCUGAGAAAAAAAGAAAAAGAUUUCAAAUAAAAUUCACAGCCAAGUUACUGGUCUGUUUCACAUGCAUACACAGCUGCUUUUUUUUUUUUUACACUUUUAUUUACAUGUUCUUAGUUUCCACGACCUCAAUGACGAGGCUUAUGAUACUCCAACAUGUCAAGAGUUUAAAAAUCUACAGCAUUUGUGCAGAUGUUAAAAUGCAUGUGCAGUUAUACUGCAAACAGACAGGAUUUGGGACUUGAUGGAUAUUGCAAUGCUUAAAAAAGCAAUGUUUCUAAGGCAAAUUAAUAAUUGCUCAAAAGGAAUCGAGAGACACUUCAGAGAUAAUGAAUAAAACAUUUUUCCACACAGCUAAUGAAUAAAACUAACAACAAUAUCAACGGCUCUCAUACACACUGAUAUCAGCCUUGCUUCCUUUCAGAUCGAAUUAUUUAAGGAAAAAGGCAACUUUACACGAUCUUGGAAUGAUUUAACAGGUAUAAAUUCAAUUGUU